AUGGACAGCCCCAGCCCCACUCUCCUCAACCCCAACGACGACAACCUCGAUUAUCUCGUCGACGUACUCUGCGCCCGAAAUGUCACGACUGAGACAGAGUUGGACAACGCGCUUAUAAGAGAGGCUUUAGAUUUGGGGAUCGAUGCGUCGCAACCUGCAAUUGGUGCCGACAAGAGGAUUUCGUCGAGUCUCGACUCCCUCAUCAACUCCUUCUCCGACGCACAGGCCCGCUCGGUCUCACGUAGCACUACAACAUCCCGAUGCCCCUCCACGCCCAAUGCCCCCUCAAUGACCGAGAUACCGAUACCAUUGAAUCCCCGUCGCUGGUCGGAAAGCCUCAGCUUCGAACUCUACGAUAAAUAUCUCUCUCAGCUGGGUCCGAAUAUUACUCAACCGAAAUAUACCAGAACAGAAGUCUCCGAGAGUACAGAUGCGGCCCGCCAGAGGCGCUUGCAUGCCUUGAACAAGAAGAAAACAUCGACCUUUGGGAUUGGCUUCAUGAAGCCGCGAAUGCCUUGGAAGAGGAGACAAUCGAAUACCACCUCGAGGGCUACGACGAAGUGCUCUACCAAAGCCUGUUCGAUGUAUGCUGUGCUGAAGAUUGGCGAGAAGUCGGGCUGGAGGAGGUGCUACAGAUGUCGGACCCUCGUCGAACUUACACAGGGGUGCACCCAUAUGACUUGUCGGUGUAAGGCACAAUUUUGUUAUAUAUGCGGCGCCGUUUGGGAUCCGACGGUAGGAUGCCCCAACUUUUGCAACGGAGAGGAAGAGUUGGAGAGACGGCAAGCCGAAGAGGCCGCCAGAUUAGCCGAGAGGGAGGCCGAGAAGGCGGCGCGGGAGGCAGCGGCGGCUGCGGAAGCGAUCGAGCAACGAGAUGCGAGGGAGCGUACCGCGAACAGCUUAGAAUUUUCGAAUCUGGCCGAUGAGCAGUCCGCUGAAUUCGACAGAUUUCAAGCUUUCAUCAAGAAGAAGCGGGACUUGAUGUGGGCAAGGCAAUUGCAGAAGAAGCUAGCCUUGUCUGAUAAAUACUCGGACCAGAUGGAGAAGAUGAAGGAUAGGCACGCCAAGACGGUGACACACCUAGAAGACCGCCAACUCGCCGCCGAGAUGGAGCUCGAAGAAACCCUCGAGCAAAGCGAGCGCAGUAUCCGUAUUCGCCUAAAAUAUAUGGAAGCUUACUGCGAAGGGCUCGGCCGAAGCCCCGACGCCGACCUGCCGCCACGGGUCGUGACGGAGCGGGAUCUGCGGGAGCUCGGCCAGCAGUAUAAUCUACGCAACAACAUAGAGCGUCUUCACAAAGCAAAAAUCAACGUCAUGCGAGACCGCCAGCUUAAAGCCAUGGAAGAGCUAGUUGAGCGACAAAAGGAAGAGUGGCAGAAGCUCUUGAGCAAACGAGCCGAGGAAAUCGAGAAUCUAGCGGCAGAAUUUGCUCUCGAAGAAGAUAUGCUCGCGCGGGAAUUUUGCCAGCGGCAGACGAAGCUUCAAUGGCGAUGGCUCCUCCAGGUGGAGAUUCUCCGUCGCAAGCUAGAACAGGAGCGAAAGGUGAAAUUCGCCUCCAUUCCGAUCCCGCGCUGGCCUCCUGAGUGCUCCGUCAUGGAGGAUCGGGGUUAA